AUGCAGGCAGAUAAACAUGCUUGGAAGGAGGUCUCGCCGAACCUUGCUCAGCGACCGCUGGUUGGAGUCGAAAAGUUGCUCAACUACGCAGAAUAUUAUCAAAACGGCAAUUUCCAACUGUCGGCUGCCAUUCAUCUCGAGACAAAUUUGACUACUGAAAAGCUACAACAGCGCUUCGGCUUGGCUGUGUGGAACGUCAGAUGUCUUCUGCCAGAGAUCGGCACAUGGACCGUGGGUACAACCGGUGAUGCUGCUGUGGACCUCGACAACGCCACUUUCACCGCCAUCCAAACCGUCGAGGAGGCUCAAAAGUGGAUCGACGAAACCGCUGUGAUAGUUCAAGAUGGAACCACAGCUGAAGAAUUGACAAUUCUCACCACCAACCACACCAUCGAGCCGGCUGGUAAGCAGUUUCGUGUCUAUCUAGUCACCAACGCGCGCCAAGGCAGCCCUGCGAUCAUCGUCAAUGCCUCUCACGUUCUCAGCGGUCAUCGCAUAGCGGCACAACUCUGUACCAUCGUUCAAGCCUUGGUAGAUGCCAGGCUCGUGUCGCUCUUGCAAGCUGAGCCAGACCCUCGCGCUGCGCUCAGGUCUAUCUUUGUCCCCGAAAACCUGGCUCGACUAAUCGGCAAGCUGCCCAUCAGCCUUAACACGGCGUAUCACAAGAGAUUCAACCCCACUGAGGGCGACUUGGAAAAUGGCUUCGAGAAGCUGAGCGAACGUCUUGCCAACUCGGCAUUGCCAUCCAUUGGCAUUCCUCGAUUGUCGUCCCCGGCAACAAAUCCGGAAUACUCACUCGGCACGGUCAACGGUGAAGCCAUGACCAUCAUGAAUCUCAGGAGAACCAUCGGUUCCAACGAGUAUCGGUUGCUCAUAGAUGCUCACAAAAAGCUUGGUAUCACGGUUCCCUCUGUUAUCUAUGCCUGCAUCGUCAACAGCAUCGAUCGACGCUGCAAGUCAAACACGGCGCAGGAUGCCGAAACGCCCGGGGCGAAUCUGGCCUAUUCGGCGCAUGCCAAACGAUGGUUGCCAGACGAAACCUUCAUGACUCGCUCUCCCGUCAACAUGGCCAUCGUUCUCGGGUCAGCUUACGUCUCGCCCGACGAGCUGCGAUCGAAGCAGCACGGGUGUGAUCUGAGCAUCGAUGAGCUGAUCGAGCUUGCAAAGACCAUUCGCGCCAAGCAGGAUGCCUACCUCGACACUCCACACAUCAUCUCAGCGAUGGAGCAGGUAGGCGAUGAAGUCUCUGCCAUGAUUGCGGACACAGCCAUCAAGCAGCGUCAAGCCGGCACGGAUCCACACGUAGCUCUUUUCGAGAACUCGCCCGCCAUUUGCCCACCAACGCUCACAUCGCAGGGCGACAUCGCCUUCAAGAGGCUCUACACUGCUCAGGGCGGCUCAUGGGAUCCUGAGCCAGCUGUCGCUGCAGGAGAGUACGUCUACAUCGGGCACAGCUGGAACAGUGGCCGAACCACUGACGCUAGCGUGUGCUUUGCCCUGGUUGGCUUCUCCGGUGAGCUGAGACUCACAAGUUACUUCGAUUCUCGCUUCUUUGACGCCAAGCUCAUCGAAAGCAUCCUUGAUGACGUAUUGUCAAACCUUCGAAUGAUCGCCACCACAGUCCCCGUUGACGCUCCCGAGGCCAAGCUCUAG